AUGCAGCUGACCGCCGAGAGUGAGAAGAAGCGGAAGCAAAAGGGCGAGAGCCAGGUGGAGAGGCGGCAAUACAACAGCGUGCUCGGGGAGCUGGAGUCGUCCAAGCUGUAUGGUCAGACGCCCAAGAUGUUUGAGCUCGACCAGCUCGCAAACAUGCUGCGGAAGGGACGGCUCAACCUGUUCCCAAAGUACCAACGCGACUAUGUGUGGAAGCCGGAGCGGGCCAGCCGGCUCGUGGUGACCGUGCUGUGCAACCGCAUCGUGCCGGGCGUGGUGCUGCACGAGAAGGAGAAGGGGGUUUACGAUGUGGUCGACGGCAAGCAGCGGCUCACCUCGCUACUCUGCUUCUACAUGGCAAGCGAGGACCGUAGCUUCCUCGCGACGCUCAUGCGGCAGCCGCCCGUCUUCGAGAGGCUCUCGAAGCUCGAUGAGAAUUACGAGGACCUCAACGGCCUCUCGUACUCUCACCUCUCGCGCGAGCGUCAGUUUGCGCUGCAGUCCUUCACCGUUUCCUGCACCAUCAUCCCGCACGACACGCCGCGCCAGGAGGUGUUUGCAGCCUAUGAGGACAUCAACUCGGGGGGCGAGGACCUCAAGGCGCAGCAGCUUCGUCGCGCCGCCUACUUUGGUGCCUACAUCGAGCUGCUUGACAAGCUGGCCACGAACCUCGAUUUCCAGUAUGUGCGGGACCCGCGAGCGGCGCGCGCUGGCACGUACACCCUCGACCCAAAGGAGUCGGACCGUGAGAUGAUCCUGCGCGCCUUCGCCUUCAACCGUGGCUGGCAAGGCUACAUUCGGCCUGUGAAGACCUUCCUCAACCUCGAGCUCGAGAGCUUUGAGGAGCUCGACGAGGCGCGCAAGCCGGUGACCCUCCGUGAGCUGGAGGAGGAGUUCUGUUGGGUCCUCAAGACGGCGCGGCAAGUCUGGGGUCCGGAGGACGCGUUUGCCCGCAAGUGGGAGCCCUCCCGUUCUUGCGACGAAUGGGUCUGGUCCAACUCGGUCAGCCUUCAGCUGUGGGACGUCAUGUACUCUGUACUCGCGGAGCUGAGGCUCGAGAACUUCUCGACGCUCUCCUUCACGCAGAGUGCGGGCGGCAUCGUCAAUGCCUUCAAGCGCCUGUUUGAGCGCGACCUGCUCGAUAUGGGCGGGCAGGUGACUGUUGCCAAGUUCGCUGCGCGGCGCGACCUCGUCAAGGCGACACUGAAAUCGCAGCUGCCGCAGCCACUCUCGAGCAGCCGCAGCUUCGCCAACCCCGAGGCGCUGCGCCUCCGCUGCUUCUCGGCCCAGCUCGGCGCGUGCGCCAUCUGCGGUCAGCCGCUGGACCCUUCGCGGCUGCACGACGGCACGUACGCGCACCUCGAUCAUCGGGUGGCAUGGGCGAGGGGUGGGCGCACAACGGCGGAGAACGCGCAGCUGGUGCACGCCGGCUGCAAUCUGAGCAAGGGCGCGGGGGGGGGCUCAGGCUCAGCGUGCCCGCGUGGCGAGGGUUGA